AUGACGAUUCUUCUUCUCAUGGUUUGUCAAAUAGAAGGUGGUUGUAUAGAAGAGGAGAGAAAGGCGCUGCUAGAAAUCAAAACUUCCCUUAUUGAUUCAAACUUUCUCGAUUUGAAUGGAUUUCUCCCGAGUUGGGUUGAUGAUGGCAGUAGCGGUGGCGAGUGUUGUGAUUGGGAGAGGGUCACGUGCAACCCAACCACUGGACAUGUAACAAACCUGACUUUGAGAAACAUGGUGGGGCUUCCAAAGCAAUUUUAUAGAGACUGCAAGAGGACUAAUUGGCCAUUAAAUGUUUCUGUGUUUCUUCAUUUUAAAGAGUUAACAAGUCUCAAUUUGUCAAUGAAUUGCCUUGAUAACAAUAUUGUGAAGACAGGACUUGGAAGGUUGUCGAGUUUGAAGAAGCUAGAGACACUGGAUCUUAGCUAUAAUAGCAUUACUAAUGUGACCUUUCCUUCACUGGGUUCUCUGACUUCACUCAGAGUUUUGCAUCUCGAUAACAAUGACUUGGAAGGAUACUUGCCUGCUCUUGAUUUUCAACAAAUUUCAGCUUUGGAAAACUUGGAGAUAUUGGAUCUCUCCCAUAAUUAUAUGGAAGGCUUCGAGCAAGUUUCUCUAUUGAAGAAGUUGAAAAUUCUAAAUCUUCGUGGGAAUAAUUUCAAUGAAAGCCUUAUAACAUCUUUAAGUGCUCUUCCAAUCCUUAAAUCCCUUGAUCUUGUUGGGAAUGAAGGGUUGUAUGGAACGUCAUUUCCAGUUGAAGAAUUAGCCCACCUCACUAAUCUAGAGGAGUUGGAUUUAAAUCAUAACAUGUUCAACGACACACCAAGUAUCCAAGAAUGUACGAGAUUAUCGAGAUUGAAAAAGUUGAAGAGUAUAAGUCUUCGAUGGAACUAUUUCAACAAGAGCAUCAUUUCAUGCUUAAGUGCUCUCUCAUCCCUCAAGACUCUUGAUCUUUCAUAUGGUAUUUCAUCAGGAGGUUCUUUUCCCAUCAAAGGCAUGUUCUACACGACUAAAUUUUAUUUUUAUUAUUGUUUAUUGAUUUCCCUUUUAAAUGACCUGCUUCAUUUAUCUGAUCUAGAAAUCCUCCUCUUAAGCGGUAAUCAUUUCAAUGGAACACUGCCAAUGGAAGUUUUCACAUCUUUUCACCAUCUGGAGGUCUUAGAUUUGGGUUGGAACAAUUUUGUUGGGAGCAUCCCAUCAACAAUAAAUGCAUUAUCACCUUCCAUUAGAACUGUCUCAUUUGCUUACAACAAGCUCAACGGCUCGAUACUUGGUCUAUGUGAGUUGAAGAACCUCCGGGAGUUGGAUCUUAGUCACAACAUGUUCGAGGGAAACCUGCAUCACUGUUUCAAUAGUCUAUCAUCUCUUAAGUUGUUGGAUAUUUCUUCAAAUCAAUUCACGGGAACACUUCCGCCAUCACUGAUCGCCAAUCUCACAUCUCUUGAGUAUGUUGAUUUUAGUGAUAACAAAUUUGAAGGUGCAUUCUCAUUUAGCUCAUUAACUUUGGAUAUAGGCAACAACUCCCUGUCAGGACGGAUACCCGGGUUUCUUGGUCAUCUAUCCGAAUUAAGGAUUCUUAUUUUGAAAGAAAAUAACUUCAGUGGUUCUAUUCCGAAGCAAUUGUGCCAAUUAAGUAAUGUGAGUUUGAUAGAUUUAUCCGGUAACUCUAUCUUUGGUCGAAUACCUUCUUGCCUCCAAAAUAUUAUAAGCCCUAUCAACCCUGUUUUCAGAGAACUUAGAAUUUUCCGCUAUGGUAUUUCCUUCUGGCACUAUCAGAGUGUUCUGUUUACAGAGUAUGCUUCAGAAUUAAGGUCAGAAAUACUUGAGAUGCAAGACGAAGUUCAGUUUACAACAAAAACUCAAUCUCUCUCCUACAAGGGUCACAUUCUUGAUUUGAUGGUGGGGCUGGAUCUAUCACGUAACAAACUAGUUGGUGAAAUCCCAAAAGAACUAGGGUUGUUGACCCAGAUUCACUCUUUGAACCUGUCUCACAAUCAGUUGACAGGAACCAUUCCGAUGCAAUUCUCAAAUCUUGAGAAUAUAGAGAGCUUAGACCUUUCUUACAAUGGUUUGAGUGGCAAAGUUCCAUCAGAACUAAGUAAGCUGCAUUAUCUUGCUUAUUUUAAUGUUUCUUACAACAAUCUAUCAGGUCGACUUCCAGAUAUGAAAGCACAGUUUAGUACCUUUACCAAUGAGAGCUAUGAAGGGAAUCCACUUCUUUGUGGACCACCACUAGAGAAGGAAUGCACGUCUACAUCACAGGUGACCGAUCCAUCAGGUAAAGAAGGCCUUGAUAAAUGGUAUGAGAUCAAUAUGGUAUCCUUCUACGGAAGUUGUGGUGCGACAUGGGUUGUGUUCCUGUUGGGAUUUGUGGGUGUUCUUUACAUCAAUCCUUAUUGGCGUAGAAGGUGGCUAGACUUGGUUGAAGAAUGUAUGUAUACAUGCUAUUACUUCAUUGAUGAUUCAGCAAGGAAGCUCUCGACGCUCUUCCGUAGAUAA